UGUUAAUUUUGCGUCUCGUUGCUACAAAAACAGUUGCAGAGGCUGAAUACCAAAAACAAAAUAAAUUAUAAAAAGCAACACCGCACAAAAAAGCAUAAUUGUUUCUGUUUUCAAUAAAAAAAAUUAAACUAAAUUUUGCAUUCUAACUUUGCGGGAGAACUGAAAAAAAGGAAAAAAGCUGAAUGAUGGAAUUGAACGUGAUGUUGAUCGGAGACACGAGGGUUGGCAAGACCUCGUUCGUGAACACGAUUGUCAACAGGCGUGAUUGGAAACGAGUUGGUGGCGACAACGGAGAGUCCACGACUGCUGAAGUGUCGGAAUGUACGACGCAAUUGAGCGGAGGGAAGAAGCUGAAUAUAUAUGACACUCCGGGCAUGAAUGACUCCAGGUUGCGACUGUCAAACAAGGAGAUCAGGACCAAGUUGGAGUACCAUCUCAGCACUUCACUCACCACUGCUGUGGAUGCUUUCCUUGUCUUCGAAAGCCUCCGAAGUGAAGCGAUAACAAUGCGACGGAACUUGGCAACACUGACUCAAACAUUCGGACCUCAAGUGACACAGUCGUGCGUUGUCGUCUUGACAAAGGAACCUCAAAGCGAAGGCAGGACACGAAACCUACUACAGAUUUGCUCCGAUCUGAAAGUACCCGCUGUUUUCUGGGAAAACAGUCACGUUGAACCGGAUUCAGGGGUCUGGAAAAGCCUGGAUCCUAAAAAACUCACACUUCAAAUUGAGAGUUUGUUAACUAAAAUUAGAGCUGUGAAAAAGUACGAGCUGACAAAUCUCCAGGCGCUGAAAAACGACAUAAACGCCGAAGCAAAUCGAAGACGAGACGCCGAAGCCACACAGUACGAAACGAAAAACUACACAAUCCAGGUUCCUUAUAUGGAAGCAGAAGUUAGAAAUGUCACUAAACAGCGACCGGUUGUGAAGGAUAAAUGGGCAGGCGGCAUGGGAAAAAUGCUGGGGCAAAAGAAAACAUAUGUGGUUAUGGAAAACUACACAGACCAAGAGACCAUUUACCACGAGAGGUCUCGCGAGGAGACCAAAACCCAUCAAGUGGCAAUUCCGAAAAGACCUAUAGAGUUCUACAUUGAUAUUGUCAAGAAAGAACGAGUCGCAGCUUUCAAGCGACAGUUAAUGCAGUAA